AUGGAAGAUUCCCAGCCCAUCAGGUUGCUCUCGCUAGAUGGCGGGGGAAUUCGCGGACUAUCAUCUCUCAUCAUUCUACGACAUUUAAUGAAACAGGUUGACUCACAAAAUCCGCCUAAACCAUGCGAAUACUUCGAUUUGAUCGGGGGCACGAGUACAGGAGGCCUCAUUGCGAUAAUGCUAGGAAGGCUUAGAAUGAGUGUCGAUGAAUGCAUCGACAAAUACAAGAAGCUAUCCGCGCGUGUAUUUCAGAUCAAAAGACACAAAAUGAAUCUCUUGGGCCGAGGAAGAGACUUUAUGGGCGCAAAUGGAAAGUAUGACUCCGAAGGGCUCGCUGAUGCGUUCAAGUCUGAAGCGAAAGAUCUCGAAGGAGAUGGUAAUGCUGCAAUUUUGAGCUCCCUGGAUGGCUGCAAAAUUUUUGUUUGCACUCAAGCUAAGUCGUUGAAUGCAACUAUCAGGAUUCGCUCAUACAAGAAUCCUACCGCUGUUGACAACUUAUCAAUCAGAGAAUGCAAGAUAUGGGAGGCUGCCCGGGCGACAUCGGCAGCAUCUGGCUUCUUUGACCCAAUCAAAAUUGGCAAUGAAACCUUCGUCGACGGCGCCACUGGAUGCAAUAACCCGGUUGAAGAAGUUUGGAGGGAGGCAAAUUCCAGAUGGAGCGACUUGCGUCAGCGUAUCCAGUGUGUUGUGAGUAUCGGCACCGGGCAACGUAAACCUCGUCCGUUCGGCGAUGAUCUUCGGCAAAUUGGGAAGACACUUAUAACGACAGCGACUGAAACCGAAGAGACGGAACGUCGGUUUUCCGAGAACCAUAUAGUGAAUGGACUUCAAGGCCGAUAUUUCAGAUUCAGCGUAGAUCGAGGGUUAGACGGGGUCAAGCUCGAUGAUGUUGACAAGUUGGACACUGUUCAGGCGGCCACAGAGGUUUAUCUAGGAGGCGAUCAUGUACAGCGCCGACUACGGCUGUUUGUUGAAUCGAAAAUGCGCCGCGAUGAUUGGGUUACCGAGGCGAAGAAGAAUGAAUAUCUGAAUUGGCUUCGGCGUUUUGACAGUGGAAGACUUCACUAUGCCGCUGCUACGGGCGCAGGGAAAAGUAUCUUAUGUUCAAGCGUGAUUGAUGAGAUUGCGGAAAAGAAUUACGGCACAUGCUGCUACUUCUAUUUCUCCUUCCUGAGCCCAGACGCCAUCGACGCAUUCCAGAUUGUUUGUUCUGUGCUCACUGCCACGUUACGAGAUUUGAUCCGGGUGCAUCCCACUGAAAAAGGUGGAUUUAUCGUGCCCAAGGCUUUUCAGGAACUUUUUGCGAAAUAUCACCCUUUUGCUCAGCCUAGAAUCUCGGACUUGGAGUCGACUCUGAUCAAACUUCUACGGGAAGCCAAGGAUGUGUUCAUUCUCAUUGAUGGCCUGGAUGAAGCUACACAGAAACUCCAGGGCCCUGUCCUGGAAUUUUUGAUCAACAUUACGCAGAAUGGCGACAACCCUGUACAUACUCUGGUUAGCAGUCGGCCAGAAGCCCAUAUAGAGAACAUGAUGUCUUCGGAUGGAUCAACAGAGGUUACAAACUUGCCCAUCGACGUCUACAGAGUCAACAGCGAUAUCGGAAUGCACCUGGAGGCUACAAUGCUCCAGCCAUCAUUUCGACGCUGGUCAGAUAAGCUGAAAACAGAUGUAACUAUCCAUAUUACAACAAAAGCCAAUGGUGUAUUUCGAUGGGCCGCCCUGCAGUUAGAGGCACUCUCUAAUGAGGAACGAGAAAAGGAUAUCCGACGAGUUCUUAAAAGGCUUCCCAAAGAUUUAGAAGAGACAUACGGGCGCAUGCUGCAACACAUCGAGCAGCAACACAAGACGGAUGAAGCCUUGACCAUUCUAGGAUGGUUAGCUUAUUCGGCGCGGCCUCUGACAAUUGCUGAGGUUGCCGAGCUGGUUGCUUUUGACAUCUAUGAUCCCGAUGUCCCCCCGGAAGAAGACACUUUCAGGAUCGAUUUCAACCCUGAGGAUCGCUUCCCCGAAGCUAGAUCGGCCCUGAAACUGGUGUCUGGAUUCGUCAGUUGCGAGGACGAUUACAGUAAUCCUCCCAUCCCAAUUGUUAAAUUUGCGCAUUUCUCAGUCCUUGAAUAUCUACAGGGAAAUAAUUUGGCAUUGCCUCGUUUCAGGCUGGACCCUUUCAGAGGAAAUCGGCUGAUUCUCAAGUGUUGCCUGGCGUACAUUGCGCACUACGAACGUGCUCGGCAACGUGCGAUUCUCUCAACCCCUUACCCGAUUCUUGUAUAUGCUUUAGUUCAUUGGAGAAGGCAUGCCGAGCUGAGUAGAGGCGUUGUUCGGUCUGACUGGCCUAACAUGGAUAUACCUGUGGCGGCAAUUAUUAUGGCUGCAAUUCAAUACCGAUUUCAAGUUCGCUACAAUGAAAAAGAGAAAGCCUUGGAGAUAAUGGCCGCCCAGGAGAAGAGCCCCGACACCUCUGCAAGUCAGCCUGAACUGAUUCUGGUUACCCAGCAACAACUUCUCGACUCUGGACUUUCAGAAGACGCUGGCUUGUUACUGGACUGGAUGAAUAGCGUUUGGCAUUUUCCACAACAUCUUUUUCUUGACGGAUUAGUUGAACCUAGUCUAGCGCUGCACAAUGCUGCUGCGAUGGAUUGCGUGGGAAUUGUCGAGAUUCUACUGGAUGCAGGCCUAGGUAUCACUAGACCCUAUUGUGGUGGGUGCCGUCCACUCCACGUUGCGGCGCGAAGAGUGUUUAGCUAUCACCGGCAUUCUAGUAACGAAGUCAACACGACAAAAUGCAACGCCGCUGUUAUUCGAGCUUUGGUCAAUGCAGGAUACUCUUCCUGCACCCAAGAUUUUGAGGGACGGACACCACUUCAUCUUGCUGCGGACGUGGACAAUCUUGAGGGAUUGAGAGUUCUGCUAGAGCUGAAUAGAGACUCGCUCAAUAUUUUGGAUGACCAAGGGCAGUCAGCGCUAUCGGUCGCGGCGAAGGCAGGCCACAUCUCUAUAGUACGCUGUUUGAUUGAACAAGAUGGCAUUCUCGUGGAUGAGAGAGACAAGGACGGCCGAAGUCCGCUAUUGCUGGCGGCAUCAAACGGACAUGGGAGCGUUAUCGAACUGCUUCUAGGCCAGGAUGAUGUUGACCCAAAUUCGGUUGAUGUCUUUGGCGCGACCUCGCUCAUAUUUGCUGUGCGGUCGGGCCAUAUCAAAAUGAUGGCUGCAGUCAAGGCGCUGUUAUAUGAUGGGCGCGUAGACAUAAACGCCCAAGAUGGCCGAGGAGAAACUGCGCUUUCUUACGCGCGAAUGGCUGGGCAUCGGGCACUUACAAUCAUGCCCCUAGAGCUCAAAGACGAGCUUGUUUCAUCCGGGUUCAUACCCGACUAUCCACCAGAAACUGCACAUGAAUGGGAACGUGAAUCCCCAUACGGGUGUAAAUACGCCCGGAUACCUGGAUGUCCAUUCGCAAAAUCAGGUAAAGAUCCAGUUACAUGUGCAUGCCAUCGUCCACAUAAACGUGAACUCGAGCAGCUACUUGAACGGUUACACGAAGUCCCUGGCUAA